AUGUUCUCUACCAAGAAGUUGUCUGGAGUUUGCAGAGCCAUCAGAUUCCAUCAUUUCAGAUCCCAUUCUGUAUCCAGAACCUCUCCAAACUUGGCUUUCGUGCCAGCCUGUCUUCCCCCAGAUCCCGUUGAAGUAGAGGAGCUGCAGCGCUUUGUUUCUAACGCCAAGAGGCUGUUUGUAAUGACUGGAGCUGGAAUCUCGACUGAAUCGGGGAUCCCAGAUUACCGCUCUGAAGGUAUUGGGCUCUACAGCAGGACAGACAGACGGCCCAUCCAGCAUGCUGAGUUCAUUCGUAGUGCCAGUGCCCGGCAGCGGUACUGGGCAAGGAAUUUUGUGGGCUGGCCUCAGUUCUCCUCCCACCAACCAAACACAGCACACCUGGUACUAAGAGACUGGGAGAAGCUGGGGAAGCUGCACUGGCUGGUGACCCAGAAUGUGGAUGCCCUUCACACCAAAGCCGGGAGCCAGCGCAUGACAGAAUUGCACGGCUGCAUGCACAGGGUUUUCUGCCUGGCCUGCGGAAACCAAAUCUUGCGCUCUGAGCUUCAGAAGCACUUUGAAGCUCUGAAUCCUACCUGGAAAGCUGAAGCAUUCGGUGUGGCUCCGGAUGGGGAUGUCUUCCUGACAGAUGAGCAGGUGUGUAAUUUCCAAGUCCCAGCCUGCCAUAGAUGUGGAGGAAUCCUGAAGCCCGACGUGACAUUCUUUGGAGACACAGUGAGUCGUGAAAAAGUGAAUUUUGUGCACCAACGCCUGGCGGAAUCAGACUCCAUGCUGGUGGCAGGAUCCUCUAUGCAGGUUUGCUCUUGCUGCCCAGGAGAAGAAGCUGCCAAUUGCCAUCCUUAACAUUGGGCCCACAAGGUUAGAUCACUUUGCGACCUUAAAACUGAAUUCCCGCUGUGGAGAGCUGCUACCUUUGAUUGUUGCAUGACCCAACAAGUUGAGCUAUGA